UGAACGUAGAUUCGAAGACGAUGUACAGAUCUGGCCAGAGAUUUUCAUGUAUCAUUUGCGGCAGAAGCUUGCAAUUGGCGACCCUGCGGCUCUUCAGAACACUGUGUAUCCGAGCAAAUCAGAACUUCUUUCUAAUUGCUGGAACACCAGCAAACUAGUACUGCUGUAUUAUUAUUAUUGUUAUUAUAUGGCCUUAGUCCUAACUAGGUAGCUCGGCACCGUGCUAAUAUAGCAUAUGUCAGUCUCAACGUUGAGAGUACCACUACGCCUGCUUCCUUUCUUCUUCCACACAGUGAUAUUUCAUUUGUUCUCAAAACGAGAUAAACUUCAUCACGAUGAGCGUCCUCAGGCCCUUCAAAGCGAAUGAUCUGUUCAGAUUCAACAACAUUAAUUCGGACGUCUGGACGGAGACUUACGGUAUUCCCUUCUACCUAACUUACCUUCAAAGGUGGUCAGACCUCUGUUUCACUCAAGAAAGCCCAAGAGGCCGGUUGCAAGGCUACAUUCUUGGCAAGGCUGAAGGUGCACAAACCGAAUGGCAUGGUCACAUUACAGCCGUUUCGGUUGCUCCAGAGUACCGUCGUCUCUCUCUAGCACGAAACAUGUGCCAGCGUCUCGAAUUCGCCUCAGACGGGAUAUACAAAGGGUACUUUGUGGAUCUUUAUGUGCGCUGUAACAAUGCACUAGCCAUCAAAAUGUACGAGGGUAUGGGAUAUAGCGUGUACAGGCGAGUAAGAGAAUACUACGGUAAUCUUGGGGUAGGGAAGGAUGGACGAGACGAGGAGGACGCGUUUGAUAUGCGAAAAUGUUUGUCACGCGACGUGGCACAACGAUCUAUACGGUCCAAUGGUCGAGAUAUGAUAGUCAGCGCUCAUGAUGUCUCCUAAAUCGGUAGACGUAUUCUGUGGAUGCUCGUUCACA